AUGGCGAUGAGAAUCUCCAGAGCAAGGUGGUUCUCUUUCUUAAGAAGAGUAUUCCAAUACCAGAAUGGAUCAAGAUCUGAUCUUAGCUCCAAUCCUUUCAAUUCAAGCACUUGGAUGCUGAUGGAGUUUAAAGCUUUGGUGAUUCAAAUAAGCAUCACAACAUUUACUAUAGCCAUUUCCAAGGAGAAGCUUGUUUGGCCAAUGAGAAUAUGGAUUGUUGGUUAUAAUAUUGGUUGUGUUCUUAGUCUGCUACUACUCUACGGCCGCUACCGGCAUCAUCUCAAUCAUGGAGAUGGUUUCGGCCUUUCUGAUGUAGAACAACAGAGGAGCAACGAAGAAUCUAGGAUCUCACAUCUAAUGAACAAAUGCCAAACUUCACUAGAAUUGUUCUUUGCAAUGUAGUUUGUGAUGGGUAAUGUUUGGGUAUUCGACUCUCGAUUUGGGUCCUUUCAUCGAGCCCCAAAACUGCACGUGCUCUGCAUCUCCCUGCUGGCUUGGAAUGCAAUCUGCUACUCAUUUCC